UUCCAACUUACAAAGCAAUCUUGCAAAUUACAACAAAUAUGGCUGCUUCUAGCAAUUGCUCAAUCGCCCUCUUGUUGAUCGUAGCAUUAUUGUCCUUAUCAAGCAUAUCGACAAGUCAUGCUGCUCGUAGCCUACUGCAACUUCCCAACUUGCCUACGAUCCCGUCAUUGCCUCAACCAACAAUGCCACAGUUGCCAAAUAUUCCAAACUUGCCAACAGCAUCCACAUUGCCACCAUUGCCAAGUGUAACAUCUCUGCCAACACUUCCAACUGCUAAUUCACCUCUACCUUCUUUGCCUAAUUUGCCCUCUAUCCCGAAAAUGACUCUGCCUCCAAUGCCCGCGAAUCCUCUGCCCAACAUGCCAUCACUUCCGAAUAUUCCUUCAAUUCCAACCAUUCCAACACUUUCACCUCCUCCAUCCAACUAAUCUUUGCAGCUUCCAACCGCGUGAUUUUUACCUUUCUUACCAUACUGGUCUGUACCGUGCUUUUUGUUUGUUUGUAAUUUUAAUCUUUUAUGUGAUUCUCGACAAUGUACUGUAUCAUUUAUACACUUCUGAGUGUUAUACAUUGAUUGUCAUUUGUGUUAA